AUGUCUCAGCUAUCCGAAACAUCUCAACCAAAUAAACCUGACAAAUGUUUCUGCGGUGACGACGCUGUCUUGAGGACAUCACGCACCCCAAAGAAUCCAGGUCGCAGAUUCUUUACUUGUGCAGUUGGAGCUCAAAGAAAUCUCAAAAUAGCCCAGGAUGAUCUAACUCAGCACAAUCAAGAUUUAUACCCAAGUUUGAAAUGCAGCAAAGGCUCAGCGAAGCUAAAGAAACAGAGAGAUCACUUGAUAGUUCAGCUGAGAGACACCGAAAUAGAGAGGGAUGAACUAAAACAGAAGUUGAUGGUGGCUGGAGAACAGAGGGAUCAAUUGUUGUGUGCUUCGUUAGGAAUGUUAUGUUUGCUAUUUGGAAAUGUGUAA